AUGAGUAGUCAAGCUGCCGGGUUGCCACCACUGCUUCUUGUUCUUACGGUGGCCUUGAUGCCCGUCCAGACCACAAGAAAGGUGAACGAAAGGAAUACAAGUGGCAGAAAACUUCUUCCACCGCCACCGGGACUUGGAGGGAAAAGCAAACAGGAAGUGCCAACGCAGAGGAAGUGGACGAUGCGGACGAGGAAAAGCAAUACAAUGGGUCAAACUUGCCGCAUCAACCCAGUCCAAGCCCUUACGCAUGAGAGCGCCUAUAAUCUCGUGUCGCCCUCGUCGACAAAUCCGACGCGGUGCAUACGAUCCAGAUAG